CAGUACUGAACGUAACCGUCCAUCAACCUUGUUCGAACUGAUAAGAUCCCCCAUGUUUUCCCGCGUGCGAUUAUCGUCACUUUCACGUCCAUAAGCCCUUGAGCUCCCGGGCUACAGCCUCGCUAGCCAUUGCAGAGCGGGGCUCCGCAGCACCUCCGUGCCAUGGACCAUUCGACCCUAGUCUUCGCGUCCGUCUUCCCCGUCCUCGCGCUCUCGCACACGACUCCGACACCGAUUGCGACGCCGGACCUAGGGUAUACGGCGCCCGGUGGCUCGUUUGGAAGCCCACAUGCAGGACGGAAUGUUGAGGCGCAAGGACAGGGACAACAUAGAGCAGUCAAGCGGGGUUUGGCAUGGAGUUGCGCAACGAGAUUCCUGAGUUUACCAAAGAAUUCAUCGCUCGCCCCGAAACCGCAAAGAACUAGGGAGGUCGUAGAGGCACUGAAUUAUCUGUUGGUCGGCGAGGGCAGGAGCGAAGAUGGCAAGGAAGAAGGACUUGUGCAGUGGUACACCAAUGAGUGCCGGCUACACUUUGCGAAACACAUCAGGGCUGGGUUGGAGCAGCUUUGGAGGAAAGAGAUCGAGCUGGAACAUUCCUGGGACAUUCUCGACGAAACACAACGAGCCUUCGAACACGUGCAGGGAGUGUAUCUCGAACCCUUCCUUGAGCAUAUACUGCCCUAUCUACAGCAGGAUACGAGCAGCAGCACUGUCCGACCGCGCAGACCUACACAGAUGAUCGAAGACUCGGCAGAUGCUGCCCCCUGGAAGUUUCGACGGGAUUUGCACGCUAUAUUCGCGCACUGUUUACCUUCACAACGAUACACAAAGUCCCUUAGUUAUGUCCUAUAUGACGCAGGAUGUAGACUGUUCCGCAUCUAUAUACGGCAUGAUGGCAUCCAGCCAAGAAUGACACCAGAGAACACGCGCGAGUUCCGCCAGCGAAUGACCACGCUUUUGCAAGGCCUGGAGCGAGUCGGCCUUGGAGGUGACAGCGCGCAAGAAGCUUUCGCACACGCCAUGAACAAGCUACUCGACUCGUUCAUCACUAGUCACUACUUGAAGGUGGACUGGUACUCCAAGAAGUCCAUCGUGCCGCACCUGAAGAUGUGGAUCCAAGAUGGUUUCUGCCCGCUCGUCGAGCUAGUACUGGAGUGCUUGAGGUGCGAGCAGAGCAGCAUUCUGCCGACGGAAGUGUCUGCAUGGCAAGAAAUGGCGCUGGGCAGGUUGGGGCGCGCCAGGGUCGACAGCUUGUUUGAUUUUGUCAUCAAUUGGCACAAGAGCUUGGGUGCCAUUUUGGACAUCAAAGAGUAUUUGAAUGUUGCGGGCGCGAAACAGCAUCUUACUUCCAGUUUUUCACAGCAAAUAUCGAGGCGGUUGUUACACCCUGGAGCAACCUCGACUUACAUAUUGAAUAUCUAUAUAUCGAUCAUUCGCUCCUUCCACGAGCUCGAGCCAAAGGGCGUGCUCCUCGAGCGAGUAGCGAGGCCGAUCCGACGGUACUUGAAAGAGCGAGAGGACACCGCUCGGAUUAUCAUUUCUAGUCUGCUCACUGAUCUCAGCGAUGAGACGGGUAGCAAGUUUUCUUCUAAUAGCGAGCUGUCAUAUGAGAUUGCCAGCGAGAUGGCGCAGCCUUUUGCAAACUACGGACAAGAAGCAGACGAGGAGCUCAACUGGGGCGAUAUGAACUGGCAGCCGCUACCACAAGAUGCGUCACCAGAGUACAAGAAGUCAAAAGUCGAAGAUGUCAUUUGGUUCCUAUUAACGCUCUGGGAGCGUGACGACUUCAUCAACGAGUUGAGAAACAUUCUUGGAGAUCAUCUGCUCCGGUGUCAGGAUCCGGAGUAUGAGAGAGAGAUUCGGCUGCUCGAGCUCAUCAAGCUACGGCUGGGAGACGACAAAAUGCAGGCGUGCGAGGUGAUGCUACGAGACGUGCUCGACUCGAAUCGCAUCAACGCGUCCAUUCGCGCGACUAUCACCUCAUCGACAUCUCCCGCCCUCGCCACGCCUGAUCGUCGCAGCAGAGAGCCUCAAACACCAGAAGGCUUACGUCCCCGCACGCCUCGACCUCGCCGACCUACAGCUACAUCACACCUAGCACCCUCAACAUCCAGCCAGGUGCAGCCUGUCAGUCUGACCCUCAACGCGCAGAUCCUGUCAUCCUUCUUCUGGCCCCUCCUGCGCGACGACACGUUCCGCGUCCCCGCACAAAUCGACACAUUGCAGAAAGAGUACGAGUCGCGCUUCGAACGCAUCAAAGGCAUGCGGAAACUGCGGUGGAUGGACGCCCUCGGCGAAGGAUCUAUAACUCUUGACUUCGACGACAGGACAGAAGAGUUUGACCGCCUCACCUCGUGGCAGAUCAGCGUCGUGUACGCAUUCCAGCCGCAGCCCAGCGAAGAGCAUGCCGCGAAGAAGCGAGCAGGCAAAGGGGGGGAGGGUGUAGCAAGGAACGUGCAGCAGUUGGAAGAGAUGCUAGAGAUGGAUGAAGGGCUAGUAAGACAAGCGCUCGCGUUCUGGGUCGGCAAGUCCGUCUUACGAGAGGUUUCGCACGACACGUACGCGGUCAUUGAGAAACUCCCCUCCAAAUCUACCCUCGCAAACGCGGACCACGAGGCCGCCGCCGCCGCAGAAGAACUCGCCGCGGUUCAGGCCGCGGAAACCAACGCCGUCAAGUCCCAGUCCGACCUACUGAGCGAGAAAAAGGACAUCUACACGGCGUUUAUUGUAGGCAUGCUUACGAAUCAGGGCAACAUGCCGGUCCAGCGUAUCGCGAUGAUGAUGCGGAUGAUGGUGCAGGGCGGCUUUCCUUUUGGCAUCGACGAGGUCAAGGGGUUGCUGGGCGAGAUGGAAGCGGGUGGCAAGGUGGUGGGCUUGGGAGGUGACGUUUGGGGCGUCAGGAAGUAGCAUGUCGGGACUCAAAAGCAAGACCUGAUAAAGAUUUUAGAUUUUAGAUUAAUGUGAAUUGAGCAAGUUUCCCAUCUGCAUAC